AUGUCCCUUUGGGCCCGAAACCUGACCGAUGAGCAAUACACCACCAACUCUUUCACCGUUCUGCUGCCGUUUGGCAACGGUUAUGGCUAUAUCUUCGGAAAUUUCCCGAUCAUGAGCGAAGUCAAUCAGACCCUCUCAACACGCUUAAAGCUGUUUUGGGGAAGCGGCGCCAUGGGCGUUGCUAUGUUGAUGAACGGCGUUUCCUUUCUCAUUUUGAUCUACCUUGUUAGCGUCUUAAAACUUGACCCUGCACUGGCGGGAACCUUGGUAUUUGUUUCCAAGCUGAUCGACGCAGUCAGCGACCCUAUCGUUGGCAUGCUCAGCGAUCGAUCAAAUUUCAAGUCGGGACGUCGCCGCCCGUUCAUGUUUGUCGGCGCAUUCCUCGCCGCCAGUUCGUUUGGCUUUUUGUUCGCCAUACCGGAGUUUGAAACCCAAACCAUAACGGCGGCCUAUGCGUUUGGCUGCCUAGUGUUCUACACCAUCGGUUACACGGUCUUUAACGUGCCCUAUAUGGCCAUGUCGGCGGAGAUGACCGACGGUUAUGAAGAGCGAACCUCACUCCAUGGGUACCGGGUUGGGUUUGUAUCGCUGGGCAGCGCUCUGGCGGUCGCCGGUGCCCCGUUUGUGCUGGAAAUGCUCGGUCAAAGCCGCGAGUCUUAUGCCCUGAUUGCUAUGGGAAUGUCGGUCAUCAUUUUUCUAUCGCUGAUGGCCUGUUACGCAGGCACCGGCAGCGCCCGAACCAUUGCUCGGGUGGACAGCAAUCACAACUUUCUAAGCCAGGCGUCACUGUUGUUCUCCAAUCGCCACUUUGUCACGCUGAUCUCGGUUAAGGCGUUGCAACUGGUGGGAAUCAUGAGCACGGCGUCCGUCUCGAUAAUCUUUUAUAAACAAUAUGUGGGUAUGGACCUGCGGUACUUUGCCGCGGCCUCGAUUAUCAGCACAAUCACUACUGUGUUGGCGGUUCCUUUGGUGAAAAAGAUCGCCCAACGUCUCGGUAAGAAAACCACGUAUUUUUUCAGCGCCGGCUUGACCGCCCUGAUAAAUCUCAGCUGGAUGUUGGUUGAGCCUAACCCCCCCAUGGAUGAGUUUCUGACCGGGUUUUUCAUUCGUAUGGCUCUGACGGGCAUUUGUAUUGCGGGUAACGUCAUGCUGGCCAUGUCCAUGCUGACUGAUACCAUCGAAUACGAUGCCCGGGUGACGGGCAUGCGGCGCGAAGGAAUUUAUGCCGCCAUGUACAGCUUCGUUGAAAAACUCGCUGCGGCCCUGGCACCCUUUAUUGUGGGCUGGGCGUUGACGUUCGCCGGCUAUGACAAAUCUCUUGGCGCUGAUGAGCUACAGACGGGUGCAUGA